AUGGCGUACAACUUGUCGGUUUCAGAUUGGGAGUCAAUCCUAGAAUGCUCUCGUAACGAAUACCCUGAGCUAGAGCCAAGGGCCGCCGUGGAAGAGUGGGUGAAACGUAAUGGGACCCAGGGUGUGUUUUGGACAGAAUCCGAUGGUACUCGGUGUAAAUGGGGUCCAGAGGCUGUAAACCAUGUAAAAAAGGAUUAUCUUCGAAAUACGACACGCAAAAUUGUCAAGUACCGAAUACCAAAGGGCCCCUUCUCCUUAAAGGCGCUCAACAAACCGAACAGCAAUGGAUACGCACAUAUGACUGCGCAUACUAGUGAGAAGAUUGAUAUACUUGCUAUUAUCUUUAACUAUGCUCUUGUUCUGCCGAAGCCCUACUUAAUUCAACCAGAAGUUGUAACCACAAAUGUUAAGUUUGGUUAUACGUCUCCAUCAUAUGAGAAAUACUCACGCACUGGGUACGAUGGAGGACCCUCCGAGAUACUAAGAAUCGAUUGCAGGGACAAAAAUGGUCCCUAUGAACUGCUAAGAAAGCUCAAGCGACCGGAGAUCGACGCCAGCUUUUUGCGAACCUGCAAAAUAUUCCACAAACUGGGGUCGGAAGUAUUGUACGGUGGAAAUAAGUUCUUCUUCUUAAUGCGACAGCAAUGUGGCGUCGACCCUUCAAUUUUUGGAGGAGAAGUAUAUCGACCACCUCCAUUCAAGCCAGGGCCCGACGAAUGGCGGAACGAAAUAAAGGAGGGACUUUCUCAAAUCGACCGCCACGUUUACAUCACAUCACUUCGUGGAUGGAUCUAUCACGAUGACUUCCUACGAUUCAUUUACACGAUCGGACCGCGCAAUGCCGCUCUUAUCAAGCAUCUGGCUUUCUAUGGUACUGUGAAAAUCCACACCUGUCAUCCUAGAAGAGAACAUCACUGCGAUGAUGAUCUCAUUCGGAGCCUGCGCCUUUACACACCAUUUCUGAAACGAUUCUGUCAGAAUAUCAGUACGUUGACCAUAUAUCCGCUUGAGGAUCACCAGUUUAGAGACGAGGAGUUGCCUCCAUGGAGACCUAAGACCAUGGAAGACGCCGUGACCAUGCUCCUCGAGCGAUCAAUUAUAAAGAUUCCGAGUCUGAAGGUUCUGAGAGUAUUGAGGUUUGAGGCUGACGACGGUAUUGAGUAUGGAACCACCUAUGACUAUGACACGAGUUUCUUUCAGUUUAAUCAUGGUCGCGAUGUUCCUUACGAUUUCGCAGAACCUAUAAGGAAAGUAAUCGAGGAGCGUGCUAUGGAACGGGAGAGACAGCGCCUUUUGGAACUUGAAAGACAGAAACGAACCAAACAGAUCGCCCUUGAAUCUGGCAAAAACAGUGAACCGGUGAAGUGUGGUUUCUGUGGAGAAAACCACUUGUGGGUGUACUGUCAUAAUUUGUGCAACCGAUGUGGGAGCUUUGGCCAUUUUGGACGCGACUGCUCUCAGGACACAGACGGCCUUGAUGACUAUCGAUAG